CAGUUGAUUUACAAAUGAUUUAAAAGCCUCGGCUCGACUUCUCUCUUGAGUUCAAUCUGUGAGUACUUGUUGAACGUCAAUGACAGACACACCGGCUGCUCAGCGUAAAUGCUUUUUUGUGCAUCAAUUUGUGUUUUGAUAUCGGUUCCAAAAUAAACAAAAGAGAGAAAAGAAGAGUUCUUCCUGCAUGCAAUAUUAUAAAGUGAAUGGUGUAAAUCAAAAUUAAUUAAUUGUAACGAACCUUUAAUCAAAAAUGCCACAAACAAGUGCAAAACUCCACAAACUAUGCAACUGGAAAUUGUGCAUCGGUGGAGCAGGAUUCCUCCUUGCACUAUUCGGACUUCUCUGUGGGAUGUUUUGGGCGGAUCUAUUCACAUAUGGAAUGGGAAAGGAAAUCGCACUCCGACCAAAUUCAAGAGUCUACGAAUCAUGGAAAGUGCCACCAUUAGAUCUCAACUUAGAUAUAUAUUUUUUCAAUUGGACAAAUCCAGAUGACUUUAAGAACCUAUCAACAAAACCAAUUCUUCAACAAUUGGGUCCAUAUCGAUUUAAAGAGAAACCCGACAAAGUAGACAUAAAGUGGCAUCCUGAGAAUUAUACUGUGAGUUAUAGAAAGAAGAGUGAUUUCUAUUUUGAUGCUGAAAAUAGUAAUGGAAGUCUUGAAGAUGAGAUUACGAUAUUGAAUGCUGUAGCUUUGUCAGCAUCAGCAAAAGCCAAAACAUGGGAUGCCUUAAAACGUAACAUGGUUGACAUAAGUCUGAAAAUUUACAAUCAACCAAUGGCUGUGACAAAAACUGCUGAUGAAUUACUAUUUACUGGUUAUCAAGAUGAUAUGAUUGAUGUGGCUAGAGCUGCACCAAUAUUUGGUGAUGAGGUGCAAGUACCUUUUGAUAGAUUUGGAUGGUUUUACACAAGAAAUGGUAGUGCUGAUUUGACUGGAACAUUCAAUAUUCACACUGGUGUUGAUGAUAUCUAUAAAAUUGGACAAAUGCAUUCAUGGAAUUACAAAACAAACACAGGAUUCGCAGAGUCAUAUUGUGGAAUGGUCAAUGGAUCAGCUGGUGAAUUUUAUCCACCAAAUUUGAAAAAAGGUGGAUCGAUCGCGUUAUUUUCACCAGACAUGUGCCGAAGUGUUCCUUUGGAUUAUGUUGAAACAGUCGAAGUAGAAGGUAUCACUGGCUUCAAAUUCAGUGGAGGAGCAAGAUCAGUGGAUAAUGGAACACUCUAUCCAGAAAACAAAUGUUUCUGUGGAGGAGAAUGCGUUCCAUCUGGAGUAAUGAAUGUCUCAGCAUGUCGAUUCGGUUCACCUGUCUUUAUGUCCUAUCCACAUUUCUUCAAUGCCGAUCCUAUAUAUGUUAAUCAAGCUGAAGGACUUAAACCAAAUCAAAAAGACCAUGAGUUUUAUAUGAUCCUAGAACCGAAUACUGGUGUAGCGCUAGAAGUUGCAGCCCGGUUUCAAGUCAAUAUGCUCGUCGAACCUAUCAAUCAUAUGAGUUUUUAUGAAGGCGUACCUCGCACAUAUUUCCCAUUGAUUUGGUUUGAACAAAAAGUACGAAUUACACCAGAGUUCGCAGAUGAACUAAAAGCAGUACCCAGAAUUCUAACAAUUGGUCAUAUUGUUGCUGGAGUGACAUUUGCUUUAGGAUUGAUCCUUCUCUGUUGGCAUCCAGCAGGAUAUUUCAUAUCGAAAUUCCGUGGAGACCUCAAGCCUUCAUCAAACAAACCAAAAUCAACAUCAAAGGUUGCACCAACAGCAGAGCUUUCAGCUUCAUAUAAAAAAGCUAUCGAAGCCGAAGGCCAGCCAGAGGGAUCUCCUCUACUCACCAAGCCUUAUCUAUCAAAUGUCAAAAUUAUACCAAAUAAGCAACCUAAAAAAAAAAACAUGAGUUGCCGUUUAUGUAGUAGAGAGUGGAUUUUUGGGGGAUUGGGGCUGAUUUUGUCUGUAGUGGGGACGGCGCUUUAUGUAAACUGGAUCAGCUGGUUCACGAUACUUCGAGGAAAGGAAAUGGCACUUACUCCAAAAUCUCCAGCCUAUUCUGGUUGGAAACAAUCACCCUUACCUCUGUACCUUGAUGUAUAUCUAUUCAAUUGGACAAAUUCACAUGAAUUCACAAAUCACUCCAUCAAACCGAGAUUUCAAGAACUCGGUCCAUAUCGGUUUAGAGACAUACCCGAUAAAGUCGAUAUAAAAUUUCAUCCGAAAAAUAAUUCAGUAACAUUCCGUAAAAUGAGUGUGUAUCACUUUGAUGCUGAAGGCAGUAAUGGCAGCUUAAGUGAUAUACUUACAACCGUUAAUAUGGUUGCAUGGGCAGCUGUUCACAAGAAACGUGAUUCGGGAUUCUUCCAGAUGCUUGGACUGAAGACUGCUUUAGAUUUGUCAAAUGAAGGACUCACAGUUACAAAGAAUGUUGAUGAAAUGCUUUUUAGUGGCUACAAAGAUCCAAUGGUAGACUUGAAUAAUGUUUUAAAAACAUUUUCAAUUGGUGAAGAAUCUAUAUCGUAUGAUCGUGUUGGAUACUUUUACAUGCGCAAUGGUAGUUCAUUAUUUAAUGGUCUACUCAAUAUGCACACUGGAGGUGAUGAUCCUAGAAAAAUGGGAAAAAUUCACACUUGGGAGUCUAAAAAUCAUACUGGGUUCUAUGAAUCAACUUGUGGUAUGGUAAAUGGAUCACUUGGAGAGUUUUUCUCACCAAACCUUAAAGAAGGAGACACAAUAGAAAUGUUUAUUCCAAAUAUGUGUCGAACGGUUCCGCUGGAUUAUACAGAGACUGUUGAGAUUCAUGGAGUGAAGGGUUUAAAAUUUUCUGGUGGGCGUCGAUCAGUUGAUAAUGGAACCAUGUAUCCUGAAACAAAAUGUUUUUGUGUUGAUGGAAAAUGUGAACGAGCUGGUGUUAUGAAUAUGGGACCAUGUCAGUAUGGUACGACAGCAUUCAUGUCAUAUCCACAUUUCUAUGAAGCCGAUCCAUAUUAUUUGGAACAAAUUGAAGGGCUGAAGCCAGUUAAAGAAAAACACGAGUUUUUUAUGACUUUGGAACCAAAUGCAGGUGUUCCAUUGGAUGUCGGAGGUGGAUUUCAGGCUAAUGUGCUCAUUGAUCGCAUUCCAGGAAUGGGAAUCUACGAUAAAGUACCUCGCAUAUUUCUACCAAUAAUGUGGUGUGAAGAACGUGUACGUGUAACACCAGAAAUAGCAUCUGAAAUUCAACUUGUUCCACAAAUUAUCUACUGGGGUCAAAUGUUCGCUGGAGCACUUCUUCUUGUCGGAGUAGUUUUAUUCCUUUGGCAUCCAUUCCAUACAAUUAAAAAUCUGUUCACACCAAAAGAUCAAAGAAAACCAAAAACGAAAAAUCACAACGAAGCCAAUCAAAUACGAAUCGAAUCAACGCCAUUUGUUGCUAAAAACGAUACUGGACAAAUUAUUAUUAAACCAACAAAUCUGUCCAUGUUGGGUGGUGGUGGUCAAUCCAAAGAAGAAGUCGUUAAGAGAUAACAUUAAAAAGACUUAUAAAUACA